AUGAAAAGGAAACUGGGAGACGGCGGUCGCGGGAGGGAAGGCGGGUGUGAGGGAGCUGAGCGGAGUUACCAACCACCCGGGCACCAUUUUUUUUGUGUUGCAUUGCGUAGAAGCCUUGGCAGUCUGAGCGGAGGGGGAGAGGGAGCCGGCAGCGCGGCACCGCCGGCUGCGGACGGCGCCGCCCGCAGUCUGCGGCUCCCUGCAGGCUGCGGCGUCGCUGCCCGUAGUCUGCGGGUGCCACAGGCUGCGGCGGCCACCGCCGGGGGAGACGGCGGCCGCGGGAGGGAAGGCGGGUGUGAGGGAGCCGAGCGGAGUUACCAACCACCCGGGUGCCGUUUUUUUUGUGUUGCAUUGCGUAGAAGCCUCGGCAGUCUGAGCGGAGGGGGAGAGGGAGCCGGCAGCGCGGCACCGCCGGCUGCGAACGGCACCGCCCGCAGUCUGCGGCUCCCCACAGGCUGCGGCGUCGCCGCCCGCAGUCUGCGGGUGCCGCAGGCUGCGGCCGCCACCGCCGGGUGCUGCGGCCCCGCGCUAGCCCAGCAGAAUUUUGUUAAGCAUUUUUUUGUGUAA